AAGAUGGAAAACAAUGCUGAAAUCGAAGUAAUGUCAUCGAUGUCGGGUGGAGGCAGAAGCGGUAAAUGUUUAGUGAACAGGUUUUUUUUUGCAAAUGGAACAAAGAGAUUGGAACGAGCUACCCACUCAUUGUUUGAUUGAAAUCUUGGGGAAGGUAGGAAUCGAAUCGCUUGUAGGGACCAUUCCUUUCGUUUGCAAAUCUUGGUACAAUGCUACGUUCUACCCUCAAUGCUGGCAACGACUUGUCUUUACUAAAUCCCCUCAUUUACGAAGUUCCAAAUUUUCAAUCCCAAUAUUGAGAUUACGCAAAGACUCACGGUUUGAUAUGCUGCCAUAUGAAUCUAUUGACGAAGCAAAUGAUUCUCUAGAAAAGUUAGUUCAUUUUGCAAUCGGGCGUAGUCAUGGACUUGUAACUGAGGUUGUCUUUCACCCUCGCUUGCAUUUGAAAGAAGGUCAAAUCAUGUGGAUUGCUCAACGAUGUCCAUCUUUAAAGCUUUUGGUGUUACCAAGCCAUUUGAGCUAUGUGAUCAACUUUGAAGUCUCGGAUUCAAUUUGCAACUGGAAAGGUUUAGAGGGUUUACAAGUUGCAUCUUUAAUUGGCUUGAAAAAAUCCAUCAUCAACAUUAAUAAAAACUGUCGAAACUUCAAUCAUUUAUGUGUUUACGUUCCUCGGCUUGACGGAGAUGUAGCUUCGGUCAUCGCUUCACAACUCCCGGACAUAAAAACGUUGGAUCUACGAUUCUCGACCGUCGAAAGGGACGAUCUAGUAGCGAUCCUAAAAGGGUGUAGGAAACUUGAAUACCUCGACGUUAGUGAGUGUAAAGGUGUUGCAUGCGACAAUGAGAUAUUAAAGCUAGCAGGUCACAUUCGUAUAUUUAAACACGAAGGCUCCUGCGUAAGUUAGGAGUGAGUUCAAAAGAGAUCCUAUAUAUUUUGUGAAUCUAAGAACCAACUAUUUCACGUGUCAUAAAUAAAUAAAAAUUCUAAAGAAUUAUGUUAUUCAUUAUGAGUAUAAUGUAUUCUCGUUAUUCAUGAUAUUAUAUGUU